AUGGGUAUACAGCAAUUUCUCACCUGCAUUAUAGCAGCAUGUGUCCUUUUAACCUCUAAUGUGCUAUCCUUUCGUAAUGGGGGGAUUAUGGAAAUGCACAAUUUGACCAAAGUUAAUGUGAAGCAAUGGGGAAGAAUAGGAGAUGCGAAAGGUAGAAGGGACACUGGAUCAUCGGGGGUAAAGUUAUUUUAUUCGUUGAACAACACCCCAAGGACAAAUGUCAAAAUUAGGCACAGCCAUGUCCACAUGUCUUUAAAACAAAAAAUGAAUUUCAUUUUUCAAGGCGAAAGUGAUAUUACCUUGUUGGACAAGCUCAUAGCCUCCACCAGCUACAUUCUUCCCUUCAUGGAUGCUAUUCAGGCUUUCGUCAUGCCACUCGUAAAUAUGCUCCCCUCGUCGCUACACAAGUACCUCUUCCAAAUCGAAAAACUAAACCAGAUGUACUCGUCCAUCCCCUUUCUAUCCUUUGGCACCUUCAUGGGUCUGUACUUCCUCUUCGUCAAGGAAAACCGCUUCAAGUUUCACUACUUCAUCAGAUACCACCAUAUGCAGAGUUUGAUCUUAUCCAUGUUUGGCUAUGCGCUGGCUUUGUUUUAUUUCCGAGUCCUUCCCUACUCCUACAACGACACGGACAUAUUGAACUUGACAUUUUUGUACUCCACAAUGGCCAUCUACUUCGGCUCUCUGAUCAUUCCGUUCCUCUCGUCUUUGCUUGGAUACUACAUCGAAAUACCAGUCAUAUCAGACGCGAUUAAGCUACACAUAGGCGAAAAAAAAAAAAACGACUGA